UGUCAGGCCGCCUUCGACAAUGAUGUACGCAAGCUUUAUCACGUCCUCAAAGCAGACCCCGCGAAGCUCAACGUCCAGGACGAGGGCACCGGAGACACGCCCCUCAUCGCUGCGUGUCGUCGUGGCAACCUCAAGGUGGUCCAAUACCUGCUGGACAACCACGCAGAUGUUCAUUUGACGAACAAGAAACAGAGGACAUGUCUUCACUACGUGUCCAAGAGGACCUUCACUGCUCUAGACUACCUGAUGAUCAUCAUCCUCAUGCCCAUCCUGCUACUAGGAUUCUUCAUCAUGGAGGACAAGAAGAGGAAGAACGAGAAGCUUAUGAAGAUGAUUCUGAGCAGCAGUGUGGACAUCAACGCCAAAGACUAUAAAGGAAACACAAGCCUGCAUUACCUGUCCCAUAAGAAGAGUCACAGAUUGGUGCCGUUGCUGCUGGAGAAACAGGCCGACGCCGGCGUUAAAAACAACUUGGGACACACAGCGCUGGACAUAGCCAAUAAAAAGUUCCUGAAGAUCGUCACCAUGCUUAAGAAGGCUGGCUGACCGCACCAAGAGACGAGGAGACGGAAAGGAAGUAAACGGACCCAGUGAACUGACAGACGCAAAUAUGUAAAUAUCAACAACAUGCGAGUCAACAACGCGCUUCUAUGUACCAUAACAUUCUGUAAUAACCGUUUUGUUUUUUCAUUUGUAUCACUACUUCACAACUUCCCAUAAAUGCAUGUUAUUGAGUCCCCUCUUAAAACCCCAUUGCUAUUUACAGUCAAGAAAAACCAACAGGCAAAUGUAUAUUCAUAUUUCAAUGUAAACAAAGGAAAACUUUUGUAGAUAUUCAUGAAAGAUUUUAACGAGAUUACGAGAAUUCUAAAUUAAAACUGAAUCACAAUUGUAUCUCAAUGUAUUGGAGUGUCUUUUUAAUAGGCUACUUUUUAUGGGUGUCAUCUGUUGAAGUGUGAAUACACAUUUAUGAUUAGAUCCUAUACUAAAGGGUCAAUAACUGAUAGAUCCCACAUAAAUGCUUUUGAUGACUGCUCUUUAUUUGUCAAAUUCACCAGUCCCAAAGCAGUCUUAUCCGGUUGUUUCCACACAGAGUACUGCAAAUCAAUAAUCAACCAGUGCUCUAUACAAGUCCUCUAUUAUACCCAUAUAAUACAGACCCUAGACGCACAGAUGUAGAUAAAGACUGAUGUACUGUAUGCAGUAUUAACUUCCUUUAAACAAACUAAAGACACAAAAGAAUGCAGGAACAGAUGGUCAGCUGAUAACAGAAACACUAUGCUACUGCAGUACUAGAACAGCAAUCUUUUGCUUAAAGUCACACACGUACGAUUACUUGGCUCAGAUAUUAGCUGUUACUGUCAUUCAAUAUGACACCGUUAAAGAUAUUGGGACAAUAGCUCUGUUUAUGUAACGAGUUUUGCUUUAGUUGUGGAUGGUUGUACAUCAACAAAUGGAUUAAUUAUAAAAUACAUUUUUCUUUGAAU